UACCUAAAAUAGCUUGUGGUAUGGUUGAGUGGUGAGAUUGUUUUUUUUUUUGCAUUUUUUUUAGAGUAUUUGUUAUACUUUCCUUCAGUAAUACGGCUACCACACACCAAGAUGUCACAAGCAGUCGUUUUUGAAGCCAAGAAGCUACUUCGCCGUGAAAUUAAGAAGCGUCUUUCUGCAAUGUCUGCAGAGUCAAGAGCUCGGGAGUCGAAGCUAAUUUGUGAAAAGCUUCUCUCUACAGAAGAGUAUAAAUCAAGUAGCAGGAUCUCAGUUUACCUGAGCAUGCCAUCAGAAGUCAACACUGACUUGAUUUUAAAGGACAUAUUUGAUUCUAAGAGGAAAUGUUUUAUUCCUCGAUAUGUUGGUUCUAAUAUGGAUAUGUUGCGACUAAAUUCCUUUGAAGAGGUGUCCACUUUGCCAAUUACACCUUGGAAUAUUCCUCAGCAUGCAGAUGAUGAUGAUAGGGAAGAAGCUUUGUUAACUGGUGGACUUGAUCUGAUUGUUGUACCUGGACUAGGAUUCACUAGGGAUGGUCACAGGCUUGGCAGGGGAAAGGGAUACUAUGAUAAAUAUAUAUUGAAAUGCAUUGAAAUGUCCCACCAAAAACCUUACCUUAUAGGCCUUGGCUUCAGCUGCCAGAUCAAUGACUCUAUUCCAAUCACAGACACAGACAUGACCAUGGACAAAGUCUUAUUCUGUCAACCUGAUUCAUCCACUUAAGACACAUCUGUGCUUUAUAUUUUAUAAUCUGAAUGAUAUAAAAACAUUAGGAAAUUGGUUGAUUUUAUCAUUUCAAAACACUCAAGAUAAAAAAUAUUAGCUUGAAAUAGUGUUUAGAUUUUUCGUAUUGUACUGAUAUAUAAAGGUUUUGUCGCCUUCAGAGGUCAUUAAUUAGAGGUAUUUUCAGCAGUGUGAGUUCUCUCAUAAUAAAAAAAAGGACAUGACACUCAGAGAAAGAUAUUUUUAAUUAUUUUACAUACGCAUACAAGUAAAUAUAGCAAUUUUAGCCUCAUAUUCUUUCCUAUUAUAAAAUACCUUUUGUCAACAAUGACAAAAUUUUUAGACUUUUUUUUCAAUAAUAUUACUAGAAUAAAUAAAGAAAAAAUGUAAUAUUGUA